AUGCCGCCCCCAGCCACAAGUCCCCCCGCCGUGCCCCCACCGGACGGCGGUUGGGGGUGGGCUGUGGUGUUGGCAUCUUUCAUCUCCAUAGGAUUCUCGUACGCUUUCCCCAAGGCCAUCACAGUCUACUUCAAAGACAUCCAGGUCAUCUUCGAUGCGUCCUACAGUCAGAUCGCGUGGAUCUCCUCCAUCAUGCUUGCGGUCAUGUAUGCUGCAGGUCCCAUCAGCAGCAUACUGGUCAACACAUAUGGUUGCAGACCCAUCGUCAUGAUGGGGGGCUGCCUCUGUGCCACUGGCAUGAUCUUAGCUUCGUUCUGUACCAGCGUUGUGCAGCUUUACCUCUGCAUAGGAGUUAUCGGUGGACUUGGACUAGCCUUCAACCUGCAGCCAGCACUGACGAUGAUAGGCAGAUACUUUGCAAAGAAGCGUCCCCUUGCUAACGGGCUGGCGAUGGCAGGCAGUCCGGUGUUCCUCAGCACCCUAGCUCCUCUCAACCAAUACCUCUUCAACCAGUUCGGCUGGAGAGGCAGCUUCCUCAUCCUGGGCGGCCUGCUACUGAACUGCUGUAUAGCUGGUUCCCUCAUGAGGCCUCUCGGACCGCAACCAAGCAAGCUCAAGAAGGACGAAGAGUUAGCCGUCAUAGCCACCACAACAAAAGAGAAGCGCACUGCCUGGCAAAUAGUCAACAAGUACCUGGACUUGACACUCUUCAAGCAUCGUGGCUUCCUCAUUUACCUGUCAGGCAACGUUAUUAUGUUCCUGGGCUUCUUUGCACCUAUCGUCUUCCUUACGGCCUACGCUAAGGACAUGGGCGUGGAUGAGUACUCGUCUGCCUUCCUGCUCUCAAUUCUUGCUUUUGUCGACAUGUUUGCCAGGCCUUCCAUGGGGCUCCUGGCCAACUCGCGCUGGAUCCGACCCAAGAUCCAGUACUUUUUCUGCUUUGCUGUGCUGUACAAUGGGAUAUGCCACGUCCUCUGCCCACUGGUGGAAAGCUACACCGGUUUGGUGGUGUAUGCGAUGUUCUUUGGCUUUGCCUUUGGCAUGGUUAGCUCAGUGCUGUUUGAAACACUGAUGGACCUAGUUGGGCCUCAGCGAUUCUCCAGUGCUGUGGGACUCACCACCAUUGUGGAGUGCUGUCCAGUCCUCAUUGGUCCACCUCUAGCAGGGAAACUGGUCGAUGUCACAAAAAACUACAAGUACAUGUAUUUUUGCUGUGGAGUUGUCGUGAUUUUGGCCAGUAUUUGGCUCUUCAUUGGGAACUUCAUUAACUACAGACUCUUGGAGCGUGAGCGCAAGUGUGCAGAGAUGUACAAACGGACUGAGACGGAAGAUCCGGACCAUGUUCAGGAUCAGAAGGAGGCUCAGGCGUCGGAGGAGCUGGUUGACAAAAGUGAAAAGGGUGACGAACCUAUGCAGCGGGAAACCAAUAUCUAAAUAUUUAUGCUCUGCCAACAGUUACCUUCACCUCUGUGACCACCUCCCAAAACCCUCCACUACGAUCAAACUAAGCUCCAUGCCAAGAGUUGCCUCUCUGUGUUCCACCAGGCUCUAUCUCUGCACUUCUCUUAAACUAGCUGCCAUAGCAACAACCGUGUUGUAGUAGGCUGUGAGGCGUAAUAUUGUCAAAGAGCAUUAGCUGUGACUAUAACAGAACUAUUAACCACAGAGAAAAGUGUAAAAUAGAGACUAAAAGUCAGAAAUUGGAAUGGAAAACAGAGUAGUUCUUGCUGUAUUUUCUUUGUUUUUGCCACCUUCACCUCAUAUCGAUAUUACUGUACAAGAUUGCAACUGGGGGAUAAGUACAUUCACAACUGACACCUAGUGGCAGUUACAAACAGGAUGUAGGAUUUAAGGUGUCUGUAGGAACUCCAAAGGUGUGUCAACUGAGAGCUAGCAUAGCAGCAAAGCCACAGACUUUGGCAGAUAACUGAAAACAUGUAUCAAAUUCCCAGUCAGAUAAUCAACUCUGUUUAAUAAAAGUAUUCCCUGCUGCAGUUUGCUUCGGGCUAAUUUUA